GUCUGGUUUCGGCGGCUGCGGCGGCCGCGGCGGCGCGAUGACCACCCUCCGGGCCUUCACGUGCGAUGACCUGUUCCGCUUCAACAACAUUAACUUGGAUCCACUUACAGAAACUUUUGGAGAUGAUGAGGAGUCCAGGGCAGGUGGUGGUUCCAUGAAGUCACCAGCGACCAGGCUCUGCACUUGAACCACUCUACCAUUCCCUGGGUGGCCUUGGCCUUCCUGUCCUAGAUGGCUGUCAGAGCAAAUGGCAUCACGUCCAUGUUCCCGGCAGGAGGAUCAACAGAGGGGAAGUACCUCGCCCACUGGCCAGAGUAUUUCAUCGUUGCAGAGGCACCUGGCGGAGAGUUAAUGGGUUAUAUUAUGGGUAAAGCAGAAGGCUCAGUGGCUAGGGAAGAAUGGCACGGGCAUGUCACAGCUCUGUCUGUUGCCCCAGAAUUUCGACGCCUUGGUUUGGCUGCUAAACUUAUGGAGUUGUUAGAGGAGAUUUCAGAAAGGAAGGGUGGAUUUUUUGUUGAUCUCUUUGUAAGAGUCUCUAACCAAGUGGCAGUCAACAUGUACAAACAGCUGGGCUACAGUGUGUACAGGACGGUCAUAGAGUACUAUUCAGCCAGCAACGGGGAGCCUGACGAGGAUGCUUAUGACAUGAGGAAAGCCCUUUCCAGGGACACUGAGAAGAAAUCCAUCAUACCAUUACCUCAUCCUGUGAGGCCCGAAGACAUUGAAUAACCAUGGGCAGUGGUUCUUAGGCCGAUGCUCCAGAUAUUUUAUGGACAAUAUUAUUUUCAUUGGAUGAUCUUGGAGCUCUAUUAGGAGAAAAGUAAUCAUUUAGGUCUUAAAGACUUCAAGAAAAUGCAGGUUAUAAAUGUAUUUUAAAUCUGAUUGUUUCCAGUUAGCAAUAUCAUACCUACUAAAGCUGUUCAGUGUAAAAAAGUUCAAUCAAAAAGGCAGCUAGGUCAGCAGGAAACAUUCCAUAUCAUGGUUCAUAAUCCUCACUAUAUGCUAGGGAAGAACCUGGCUCCAGUCUCCUCCUGAAUUUUGUGCCUGAGAACCACUGCUGCAUACACGUUUUUUAUUUUGUAUUGAACUGUUAAUUGAAGCUUUAAAAGCAUAUAUGAAAUGUAUAAUCUAAGAUGUAUAAUAAAAUGCACCGUUGACUCUCUGAA